CUUCACCGGACGUAGAACUUUGCUCUGUGUAUAAACUUGAAGCCUCGAAGAGGGCGUGAACAGAGUUUGAGACUGUAGUAGGCUUCACACGUCUUCCUUUCUACUGCUGAAGGAGUGCUGUAAAUAACCUCGACCCGUACCUAUUUGUUUCCGCAGCUUAGGAUGCAACGGGCGCGGCACGUAGCUCCAUGGCGACGGGGAGAGCAGGGCAAAACCUGACGUCGGUGCCAGUGUUUGUUAUGGCCCGUACUCUGUUAUCUUUUCGGGGACCCAUGUCUGUAUACUCGCCUUCCCGUCUCUGUGUUUAUAACGCACUUUAUUCAUUCGGGUUUGUGGUUGGGUUGUAAUGGGACGGAAGAUGAGGCGAUUUGCACGGGUAGCUGUAAUUUGUUGUGUUUGUGGACUGUGUUCUGUGAUGUAUACCUUCACACAAAUAAUAAUGUCAUUGGAACCCAAGUCCAGACUGGAAGGGCAUGAUAAAAUCGCAAAACAACUGAAACGAGACGCAUCUUUACUGGUGCCUAGUAUUCCAAAAGUAGAAACUAUGGAAGGCCUUGAACAGGAGCAACGUUGGCUUCAGUCCAGGUGUGAGAAGCGCUCUCUCUCUUUUUGGAAUCCCUAUUGGAUGCUGCCCUCUGGUGUGUGUGGAAUGAACUGCUUUUGGGAAUCUGCUUUUAGGUUUGAAACGAACAAAACAGACGUUAAAAGAAGUCCUGAUAAGUGGAUCCAUCUAGCAGUUGUUGCCUGUGGAGAGCGAUUUGAGGAAACUGUCACAAUGUUAAAAUCAUCCAUUCUUUUUAAUGUGAAACCCAUUCAGUUUCAUAUAUUUGCAGAUGAUGAACUACAUCCUAAAUUCAAAAACAUUGUAAACUCUUGGAGUUUUCUCCAAGAAUUUUCAUAUCCAAUUUACCCUCCCUCCUUCCCCUCUUCUUGUGCAGAUAAAUGGAAAAGAUAUUCAAAACCAUGUCCAUCUCGAGAGCUAUUUUUACCAUUGGUCCUAAAAGAUGUGGAUGCAUUGCUGUAUGUAGAUACUGACAUCCUGUUUCUGCGUCCUGUGGAUGACAUAUGGUCAUUUUUUAAAUAUUUCAACUCGACACAAAUUGCUGCAAUGGCACCAGAACAUGAAGAGCCUCGGAUUGGGUGGUAUAAUCGAUUUGCUAGACAUCCGUAUUAUGGGAGCACUGGAGUAAAUUCUGGAGUAAUGCUUAUGAAUAUGACACGCAUAAGAAGGAAAUACUUUAAGAAUGAUAUGACAACAGCACGAUUACAGUGGGGAGAAAUGCUUAUGCCUUUGUUGAAAAAAUACAAGUUUAACAUAACAUGGGGCGAUCAGGACCUGUUAAAUAUUGUAUUCUAUCACAAUCCAGAAAGCCUUUUUGUUUUUCCAUGCCAGUGGAAUUAUCGUCCUGAUCACUGCAUAUAUGGAAGUAACUGCAAGGAAUCUGAGGAGGAAGGCAUCUUUAUUCUUCAUGGAAAUAGAGGGGUUUAUCAUGAUAACAAGCAACCAGCUUUCAGAGCAGUUUAUGAAGCAAUACAUAAUUACACAUUUGGAGAUGAUCACUUCCAUGCCUUAUUAUAUCCUUUGAAAAAAGAACUAAGGGAAACAACACAUACGUACUGUGGGAAAUUGUAUAAAAUAUUUUUGAAACAGCUGAAAAAGAGCAUAGAAGGAAUACCCCCCAAUCAAACACAGAGAAGGUGACCAGUAAUUUGAAUGCCAUUUAUGAGACUUCUGCUUUUUAGUUCCAAAGAACACACGCUAGAAGACUGAAGAUUCUGUGAAGAAAAUGUCAUCUUAUUUUCUGAUUUGACUAGAAUACUGGAGAUUCUGAGAAGGCCACGCUUUGUGAUUUGAAUGUGCGAUAAGUAAAAAGCAUGCAUCAUUUUGUGGAACAAACUGCUGUUUUUAUUUUUAUGAGAAGAAUUCAUCAUAACAGAAUUCUAAAAAUGACUGCUUUGACAUUAAAAAAUAUUUUGUACCUCUGAAACUUGGAAGAAGAAAAACUGUGAAUUUUACUCUAGUCUUGAAGGUCAACACUAUACUCUCUCCAUGUACGAGGGAUAAAUAAAAAGUUUACAAUGACAAAUUUUCUGUUACAGAAAUCUAGAGAAACAGACAAUCUUUGUUCCUUUUCAGCCUUGUACUACCAGGACUUGGAACUUCUGGCUUACUGGAAGAGUUUCUGCAUUUGUGAAAAAGGUUUUUUUUUUUUAUGCCAGGUUAACUGGAAAUUACUUUUUUCUGCAGUACGUAACAGUCCUAAACUUAUCACAUGGAUUCCCACAGGACCCUUACAUGUAUUUUUUUACUAGUAUUUCUGUAAGCUAAUGAGGUCUUAGUUGAAAGUGUUGAGUGCUGAUUAAUCAGGGUUCUAAUUUUCCAAAACUGGAAUGUGCGUAAUGAGGUAGAAAACAAUUUUUUCAGUUGUGAAAUUCUGGUAUGUGUUAUAUUUGACAAUCAUAUUUUAUGGUCUUAAAUUUUAAAUUAUUUUAUUCAAGUUUCACAUUUUUUGUAAUUUUUAUUCGGAGUGAUAUAAUAUGGUUAUCUAUAUUUUUAUGGGAGUAUUAAUGCCUGAAUCAUGUAUUGAACUCUAAAAUGGAAAUGAUUUCAUACUAAAUAUUUGGGACUCCA